CUGUGCCUGUGUGUCUGUGCGUGUGUGUCUGUGUGUGUUUGUACAGAUGCUGCUGUCUGAUUUCUCUCACCAUCACAUCGAGAUGGCCUGCACGCUGCUGGAGACAUGUGGACGUUUUCUCUUCCGCUCACCGGACUCUCAUCUGCGCACGAGCGUCUUACUGGAGCAAAUGAUGCGUAAGAAGCAGGCUCAGCAUCUGGAUGUGCGUUACGUGACGAUGGUGGAGAACGCCUAUUACUACUGCAACCCUCCGCCGAUGGAGAAGACGGUGCGCAGGAAGAGGCCUCCGCUGCAGGAGUACAUCCGUAAACUCCUCUACAAAGACCUGUCCAAGGUCACCACGGAGAAGGUACGAGGUGGACGCAGGGACGCAGGCAGCGUGCUGAAUAUCAACAUAU